CAAAUUCCCCCUAAUCUCAGUCACCUUUUUGACCAUUCCCUAUGCAGCCUCAAUCCUCAUUGUCCUUGAUCUACUUUCCUACAACCCCACAUUAUUGGUUUCUCUUUGAUCUGUCGGUCCAAGACCCUAUUUAUUAAUACCCUCUAAAAUAAAAACCCAACAUAUCUCCAUUUCUUGAUCUUAGCUAAUUUUUGGUUUUAAUGGAGGAAUCAUCAUCAUCAUCUGCUUCACAAGAAGUCAAUGAGCUAAUUUCUUCAUCUUCAAAAAGAAGUGGCACUCCAAAUAUGGUUAUGGGAAAACAUCGUCUGGCUGCUGCUAUUGCUUCUCUCAAUCAGCAAAUCCAGAUCAUUCAGGAUGAAUUGGAUCAACUUGAUUCAUGUGGUGAAGCCUCCAUUGUUUGCAGAGAACUAGUUUCAAGCGUUGAGUUAAUGCCCGAUGCUCUGCUUCCAGUGACUAGAGGACCGAUAAAUGUUCAUUUGGAUCGAUGGUUCCACGGAGCUAAUGAAUCAAGACGCAACAAACGCUGGAUAUGAAAAGGAAUUCAGAGUUAAGACCUUUUAUUCCUCACCAACUUGUAACAGAAAUUAAGUGUACAGCAAUUCGAAUAACCUCUUCUGCUUUUUUCGGUUUAUUUUGUAAUUAGAAACUUUUAACUCUACAAUGUCCAAGUAUUACUAAUGUGUUACCGAGUAAGGAGCCAUAGCUAUUGAAAGAAACCUUUACCA